AUGGUCCAGAUCAGCGAGGUCAAAGGCAACAAGCGGGAUAACCGCACGGCAGCACACACACACAUCAAGGGCCUUGGAUUGAAGGCUGAUGGACACGCGGAGAAGAAUGCAGCUGGGUUUGUGGGCCAAGUUCCUGCCCGCGAGUCAUGCGGUGUUGUCGUCGACUUAAUUCGAGCUCACAAAAUGGCCGGUCGAGGCGUCCUUUUGGCCGGCGGCCCAGGGACGGGAAAGACGGCACUCGCGCUCGCCAUCAGCCAAGAGCUGGGAACCAAGAUCCCAUUCUGCCCGAUUGUCGGCAGCGAAAUCUACUCGACGGAGGUGAAGAAGACGGAGGUGCUGAUGGAGAACUUCCGAAGAGCCAUCGGCCUCAAGGUCCGGGAGACGAAGGAGGUCUACGAGGGCGAGGUGACGGAGCUGACGCCCGAGGAGGCAGAGAACCCGCUGGGGGGCUACGGCAAGACCAUCAGCACGCUGCUCAUCGGACUCAAGAGCGCCAAGGGCCAGAAGAAGCUGCGCCUCGAUCCCAGCAUCUACGAGGCGAUUCAGAAGGAGAGGGUCACGGUCGGGGACGUCAUCUACAUUGAGGCCAACACGGGCGCCUGCAAGAGGGUGGGCAGGUCGGACGCGUACGCGACCGAGUUCGACCUCGAGGCCGAGGAGUACGUGCCCAUCCCAAAGGGCGAGGUGCACAAGAAGAAGGAAAUCGUGCAGGACGUGACGCUGCAUGAUUUGGAUGUUGCCAACGCGAGACCGCAGGGCGGUCAGGACAUCAUGAGCAUGAUGGGCCAGCUGAUGAAGCCUAAGAUGACGGAGAUUACGGAGAAGCUGCGCGCUGAGAUUAACAAAGUUGUCAGCAAGUACAUUGAUCAAGGUGUGGCCGAACUCGUCCCGGGCGUCUUGUUCAUUGAUGAAGCACACAUGCUUGACGUAGAGUGCUUCACCUAUCUCAACCGAGCUCUGGAAUCGCCGAUUGCCCCCAUUGUGGUACUGGCGUCAAAUCGCGGAAUGUGCACAAUAAGAGGCACUGACGACAUUGUCGCUGCCCACGGCAUUCCAACCGACUUUCUCGCACGCCUGCUCAUCAUCCCCACUGCCCCUUAUCAGGCCGACGAGAUCAAGCAGAUUGUGCGGAUACGAGCCUCCACCGAAGGCGUGGCCAUCACGGAUGCGGCUAUCGACAAGAUUUCAGACCAUGGCGUGCGAAUUAGUCUGCGGUAUUGCUUGCAGCUGCUGACACCAGCGAGCAUUCUUGCAAAGGCAAACGGCCGCUCCCAGAUUGAUGUCCAGGACGUCAGCGAGUGCGAGGACCUUUUCCUCGACGCUCGUCGUAGUGCUUCGCUAUUGAGCAGCGAGGCUGGACGUGGCUACAUCUCGUAG